AAGGGCGCUGUUAGAAACUCACCGAGAGAGUAAAAUGGUUGGACUCGAAGAGACAAGAUGACCGUGCGCACAUUGAGAAAUAGUAGUUGCUGUGAAAACAGUGGAGAACAGCUAUUCAUUAAUUAUUUAAUAAUGUGAAAUAGGUCUAAGAUUUUUUCGAAGAACAAUCUCUAGUUCACACGUCCGGGUUUCCGGACCUGACUGAGCUAGCUACUCGUAAUGAUGAUAUUGUUAGUGAUAACCCACCUCAUCACUGGGUGCUUGUUAACGUCGACUUCAACAUCUGCUUCGGUGGUUCCAAACAACACUAUUAAGGUCGCCGACAACGAUCACCUUCAAUAUGCGAACACUGAAAACACAUCGUCGAACAAGAACGUGACAGGGGAUGAAAACUUGCACGAACUCAGUGAGAUCUUUCUCCGAAUACCUGCGACGAGUGUUAGACGAAACUCAACCUUUGACCCCACAGUGGACCUAUUUAUAGCCACUACAAUAAAUAGCAUCAAUAGCGAUACGAGAACGACUGAACAAAAUGUCGGCCAAAUGACUUUACCUCCGAACGUAACGGGUCUUUGUCCGGAACCUGGGCCUGAAAAUGGCCUCGACCCUUGCAAGUGCACCAACAACGGAGGCCCGCAGGGCGGUACCAUCAACAUAGACUGUCCUCCUGAGGUGUCAUCACAAGCCAUUCUCGAAGACAUCAUCCGACGCACGACUUUCUUCACCUUUGACGUAUAUAGAUUCCCCGACAACGUCAUCACUUACUUCCACUUCGACUCAGUUUCCUAUGCGGAGGCUCCUUAUCUGGAAUUUUUGGAUCUGAGCGGCAACGGUAUUGAGUUUAUACCUCAAGAUGCCUUCACCAACCCUAGCCUCUUGACAGUUCACCUCGCUCGGAACAUCAUUUACACUCUCUCUCAAAAUAGCUUUUCAGGUUUGAUCAACGCAAAGCUUAUCGACGUCUCGAACAACAGGCUCUCCGACCUGCAGGGCAAUGCAUUCAACAUCCCAAAUCAUCAAACAAGUUCGGUCCUGCAAAUCAACUUGUUCAACAACAGCAUCAGAUAUAUACCAACGAAUGCUUUCGGUGAACUGAUCGACGUGCAUGUAAACUUGAGCUUCAAUCAACUGAUGAUGCUUGAUGUCAACGUCUUCCAGCCCAUCAUCGUCAACAGCAACUACUUCGCCUUCUUCCAGGCGGACGGUAAUCCUAUUUUAUGCGACUGUAACAUAUUCUGGAUUGUAAUCGACCCACGAAUAAUGGAAUGCUUCGACAAUUUUCACUGUGCAAACAGACCCGAAACUCUCUACCAGCUAAUGCCAGAAGACCUGCCUGGAUGCUCAUAGUUACUUGGUCUCUGUGGUAGACUAGUAUCUUUCACGCUUUUUUUAGAUUUCUAUUUAUAAAGAAUUUUUGCAUCGUGUUUAUUCUUGAGUAUAAAUAAAUCUUUUGUUACGUUUUUAAAUAAUAUUUUGCUCUAUCAUUGGCUAAUUUGUGUCAAAUUCAACUGCAAUUUGAAGUCAAAAAGACUGGCUGAACAAUCAAUACGAGAAAUAUCUCAGGGCGCAACAAGCCAGGCGACUGGCUUCUUGUGCCCUGGCAAACAAAUGUAUAAUGUUGUAUAUGCAAAAUU